CCUUCACGUCUUAGUCCACAUGUCUGACUAAUGGGUCUUCUCUCUAUGCAGCAUCACUCGCAGCACCAGCAACAGGGUCAGCCGCCUUCCCAGCACCUGCAGCAGCACUCGAGACCCCCGAGUGUAGUUCACCAGCAGCAUCACCCACAGGCUCACCCGCCGCCUCAGCAACAUCAGAGCGCGUACUCGUCAACACACUCACUUCCUCAAGCAUACCAGACGAGCGCCCAGGCUACCAACAGCCAGGACAACCUCAGCUACUACAACCAUCCGAGUCCCUACAGCACACCCGGUGCCACAAGCGGAUACACGUCCGCAGAUACCUCCGACAUGAUGGCCGCCGCUCAAAUGCCGAGACCACCCUACCCCCCUAUGUCCUAUCAUACUCCCCAAUCCAACUCUCCCGCCUCAGUCGCAUCACCCUCUCAACAUGACCAGCACAGGAGCAUUUACGGCCAACCGCCGUCACAGCAUCUGCAACAGUCGAUGUACUACCAGCCGCAGAACCAAUACCAGCCCAUGCCUCCUCAAGCGACCGCCUCUCCUUACGCGCAACACGCGCCCCACCCUCAGCAGUCAAUGACUUCGCAACCCGCCAUGAUGAUGUCCCAAACUGCUCCCCAAAACCAGAUGACCCAGCAUGCGCAACACGCACAUGCGGGCAUGACUGGGAGCCCCCGGCCAAAGAUCGAACCUCAGGUGCCCCUGCAGCUCCAGAAGCCUCAGUCGUCGCCUAUGCCUCAGUCUCACCACCCUCAAAACGGCGGCCAGCUCCAGAGUCCUGGAAACUCAACUCCUGGAGUCAACCCCAGCGCGGCGCCCGGGCCGAUCCCCGCGACAACCCCUCUUGUGGUCCGACAGGACGGUAACGGUGUUCAAUGGAUCGCUUUCGAGUACUCGAGGGACAGGGUCAAGAUGGAGUACACGAUCCGCUGCGAUGUCGAGUCAGUCAACAUUGACGAGCUGUCGCCCGAGUUCAAGCAGGAGAACUGCGUCUAUCCUCGAGCAUGCUGCCCCAAGGAGCAGUACCGCGGAAACCGCCUGCUGUAUGAGACUGACUGCAACCGCGUCGGCUGGGCGCUGGCCGAGCUCAACAUUCCUCUCCGAGGAAAGCGAGGACUUAUUCAGCGAGCGGUUGAUAGCUGGCGCAACAGCAACCAAGAUCCCCGACUCCGAAGCCGACGAGUGCGACGUAUGGCCAAGAUGAACCAGCGAAAGCAAGUCCAGGCCUCUCCGCAUCCCGGUGCGGCUCACAUGCCCGGCCCCAGCGGACCUUCAGGGAUGCCCGGCGGCCCAGGACCCAUGGGACCUGGCGGGGCCAUGGGCAAGCCUGGCCUCGGUAGCAUGGGUCAACCGAUGCACCACCACCAAGCAGGAACUCACCCCGACGGCACAGCUCAGGGUGGAGGGGAUGAAGUCGGCGAUGGUCACUCCUACGAACACCAUCACCACCAGGCUCCGACGGGUCAAAACCCUCCCAACAACGACGACGUGAGACCGGCACACGUUUUUACUGGAUAUAACAACCAGCCAUAUCCCACUAGCGCGCCAAUGUCUCACAUGGCUCCCCACGCUGGCGGUGCUGUCCCGGCUAAGCGCCACAGCCGUGGUAACGCUGAUGAGCCUGACGAUCUCUUCCCGGACAUCCCUGAGGCCAAGAAGCGCAAGUUUAUUCUUGUCGAAGAUAAUGUCCGCGGAUCUCGCCUCCGUGUCCGGGUGACCCUUGAGGGUGUUGACACCAACGAGAUCCCUGACAGCUUCCGCAAGGGAGCCAGCGUCUUUCCCCGUAGCUAUUUCCCUCGAGAGAUGCAGAGCCCCCCUCCAAGCGCGACUGGCUCGCGCUUCUUUGGCGAUGAUCAAGACGACGACGGUAUCGAGGAGACUGAGGGUCGCGAAGCCAGUCGCCGUGGAGCUAACCGAACUGGCAAGGAGAUGGUCAAGGUUCCCAUGGGCGAGUCCCAAGGCGAGAUUGCCAUCCCCCGAAUGAGGAAGUCUAUCCGAGGCAAGGAGGUUCGGCUCAACGACCUUGGGUACCGAAUGGCAUGGCUCCAGAGCCGAGUCUUUGCUGGUCGGACCGUCUUUCUGCAGCGAGCCUUGGACUGCUACCGUAACAAAACGCGAGCCGCCAUUGAGAGCAUCAUGCAGGACGUCAAGACGGUUGCGCCUCACUAUGAGACGCGCGCUGGAAAGCGACGCUGGAAUGAGCGCAUGCGACGUGGAGAGAAGAAGGACGACGAGUAGAGAUGGAUGAUGCUGUGUUGUCCUGUCGUGUCCUGUCUUGUUGUCUUAUCCUGUUUUACCCAUACCCUCCCUACUACCCUCCUUUCAGACCUGACCAUGAGAAUUGGCCUCGUUCUUGUUCAUCCCUGGCAUUGUCAUUAGAGAUUGCUUGUCUGCCUGUUCUUGCUUCACGAUACCAUUCUGCGACGACAUCGAUGGUGAUGUCCUCCCAUUUAUUUAUUACCCCAAACUUUUUUUCUGCUUGUACGGCUCCGGAUCUACACCAAGUUCUUGCAUUGAAACUCUUGUUGCGGUUUCCAACUACAUGUCAUGCCUCACACUCGGCUCCCCUCCCGCGCUGGCCUUCCAUGGUUGUCGCUUCUGGAGUUUUCAGUUCUCAUUUUUCAAGUCGAGUGGCUCCUGUAUAUUAAAUUGCAAUUCGUGAGGGUGUAUAGAUGCAGGGCGGAUGACGAUACUUGGCCGACGACGUUGACGUCGAAGAGGGGAUUCAUGUUGUUUGCUGACCCUUGUUUUGGUUCUGAGAAUAUCAGAAUCCAGGGUCUCUCGGAUUGAUGAUGGGUUUAAUCACAUACGGUAUCGGUUGGAAGGGUUUACAUAUGGAGGUGACGAUGGUUUUGACAUUUGCUUUGAGACCACCGUGUGGUUAUGCGUUCCUUGCAAAUAGUGUUUGGUCAUAGUUGGUAGACAGUAUUGAAUUUCUCUGGUC